GCUCUCUCUUCUUUUUUUUCUUUUUUUUCUUUUCUUUUUUUGAGCUCAAGUUAUGACGAAGCUUUAAACUAAUUUGAGUAAAAUGUAGGAAAACGAUAUUCGGAAGGGAGAAGUGCAAUUUUAGUGGAUCUCUUCAAAGAAUGAAAGAAUAUUCGUACAUUCACAUCUCUCAUACGUUGUGUCGUCUCUUCUGUUCCAGUUGAAAAUUUAUGAAAUAGAAAUCGUGAGAGAGAGAGGGAGUGCCCCUGAAGCGAAGAAGAAAGAACACAAAUCUCCCAACCGCUCCUUCUCCGCCGUGAAAAAGCCGACACCUUAAGAUAUUCACAUAAUUUGCAUUAUUGGAACAUAUUUUGGCUGAGAGGAUGGAUGCGAAGUGUGUCGUGAACGGCGGAGUGAAGAGCAAGGCGGAAUCGGGGAGGUUUCCUUUAACGGCGUCGGAGGUGGCGACGGCGAGCGGUGUCGUUUUGAGCUUCGUGAUUGGGUUGGUAGGGGUGUACCUGACUAUGCCCGUCUCUGAUUACAGCUUCCUCAAGCUUCCCCGCUCUCUAGAAGAUCUCCAAAUUCUCAGGGAUAACCUGGAGAGCUAUACAAGUGACUACACCAUUCAGGUUCUUGUGGGCUACUGUCUGGUCUACAUUUUUAUGCAGACUUUUAUGAUACCAGGAACUGUAUUUAUGUCAUUACUUGCUGGAGCCCUUUUCGGGGUGUUCAAAGGUGUAGCUCUUGUUGUGUUCACAGCUACUGCGGGAGCAUCUUCCUGCUUCUUCUUAUCCAAAUUAAUUGGCCGACCACUCGUCUUCUCUAUGUGGCCUGACAAAUUGACUUUCUUUCAGGCCCAGGUGGCUAAAAGACGUGAACGGCUGCUAAACUACAUGCUUUUCCUAAGGGUGACUCCGACUCUGCCAAAUACAUUUAUAAAUGUUGCUUCACCAAUUGUAGAUGUUCCUUACCAUAUUUUCUUCUUGGCGACCUUCAUUGGGAUCAUUCCUGCUGCUUUCGUUACAGUCAGGGCUGGAAUAGCUCUUGGCGAAUUACAGUCGGUGGGUGACCUGUAUGACUUCCAGUCUUUAGCCACUCUGUUUCUUAUAGGCGUCGUCUCUGUUACACCUACAUUGAUAGGCAACAAGAGCAAAUGAUGCUUGCUGCUGUCGACGCCUCUGAUGUAUAUUAUAAACCUUUGGCUGAUCCUGAUCGCCUUUGCCUUGAUCAUGUGUGAUGCUUAUUACAGGGAAGUCGGAUGCUUGUUUCAUAAGAUUUGUUUAGCAUCACCACGAUUUCUAAUGUUCAUCGAAUGGGAGUGGGUAGUAAAUUCUUAACACGGUCGAGGCUCAUGUCUUCAGAUGCCAUAGACCAUCCAGAAUUGUUGUAUCAUUUACUCAUUUAUGAUAUUAUGAGCGUUAGAGACGGUAGGCAAUUAAAAUUUAUACCCUAUUAAAUCUUGUCAUGUGAAAAUUAUUGAUUAAAUAUUAAAUUA